UUCUUCGCAACCACUACUACUAUCAAGCAAGGCCACAAUCGACCAGCAGACCGGCAACUAUAUCCACAUCGACCCACUUCAACUACUGCGCCCAGCCUUCUGCGCACCUUCGUCGUCAACUGUGUCGUCACAUCGCAGUGGCAACUUAAGCGGCUUUCCCAGCGUCAGUACGCUUAGUUGGCACGGAAGCAGCAUUUGGAGCACCAUGGCCCAUACAGCGCACCUUUCCACUUCGCAGAAUGCCUGUGCCAGCUGCUACCUAUUCUUACGACCGAGAAGCACACACCGAACGUUUGGACGGCCUACACAUUCAGACUUCCACAAGGGAACAUUUUGCCUGCAGGGUGGGCCGCUCCCACGUUGGGAUGGGCAGGCCGAACCUGGCCGCCGCAUCGUGGAUUCUCUGAACGGCCCAAACUUGGUCCCCGAAGUCCGAGCUUUGCAGUGAGGGGCUUGAAUGAUUGUUGAGGCAGCUGAAUAGGACACCUUACCGUGCCCAGCAGGCCGGCUGAUGCCUUCGCUCCAGCAGCGGCCGUCGGCACUGAGCAAGAGGUCCACAAGAGCCCAGCUGCUCCGACGAGACGGCCGCUGUACUUUGCAGUGUUCGCUGCCUACUUGGGCAGUAUGGCUUUCGGCUUCGCCAUCACCUACUCGUCGCCGGCGUUGCCCGACGUCCGGCCCAGGAUGAACUUCACCGUCGAGGACAGUGCCUGGUUCGGCUCGCUCGUCAAAUGCGGCUCCAUUUUCGGCGGCCUGCUCGGAGGGCAGCUUGUGAACAUGGUCGGUCGACGGGCGACUCUCUUCAUCUCUUGCGGCUGGUUUAUCGCUGGCUGGUUGUGCAUCAUCUUGGCCCAGUCAAUCCCCCUGUUGUUCUCCGGGCGAGCCCUUACAGGUGUUGCUGUCGGCAUCGUGGCGCCUGCAGUGCCUGUAUUUAUAUCCGAGAUCUGCCCGUCCAACAUUCGCGGUCUACUUAAUACUGGCAGCAAUGUUGCCCUCUACUGCGGCAUCCUGGCCACUUACGUCCUCGGGAAGUGGCUUGCUUACCAGCACCUCGCCAUCGCGCUCAUGGCGCCAACAGUCCUCAUGAGCGUCCUGUUAUUCUGGACGAAGGAGUCUCCCCGCUGGCUUCUUCAGAAAGGCCGCCAUGAGGCGGCGCUGGAGUCAGCACUGUUCUACUACGGACCAGAGGGCAAGAAGGAGUUAGAUGCCAUUGAAGAAAGCCUUUGCGGAACCGAGCAAUUCCGCUUACGGGACCUAGCUGUGCCGUACGUGUACAGGCCAUUCUUGUGCAUGCUGUUGGUCAUGUUUGUACAGCAGUCAUCGGGAGUGACCGUCCUAGUAGUUUACACACACGACAUCUUCCGCGAGGCGGGAACGUCGAUUCCGUCGGACGACUGCAGCAUAAUCAUUGGUGUAGUGCAAGUGUUCGUGGUGGCGAUCGCCACAGUACUGACGGAUCGCGUCGGGCGCAAGAUCCUGCUCUUGGUCUCCACUUUGGCAACGAGCAUGUGCUUGUUCCUGUUCGGAUACUCUUUUUACCUCAAACAGCACAGCCCGGAGACAUUCGCCACCUCAUACACAUGGCUGCCGAUUGCGUCGGUGGGACUGAUCUUUGUGGCAUUCAACAUCGGCAUGGGCCACCUUCCUUGGUUACUUCUCGGAGAGAUGCUGCCGCUACGCGUAAAAGGUUUUGCCACGGGAUUCUGCACAGCGUUCUCCUUCGGCUACUCGUUCCUUCUCAUCAAGGAGUUUUACAGGCUACAGUUUGUUCUGGGGGUAGCAGGGUCCUAUUGGCUAUUCGGUAUCUUGCUUCUCGUAGGCUUCCUUCUAUUCUGGAUUUUUCUUCCAGAAACAAAAAGAAAAACGCUAGAAGAAAUUGAGCAGCUUUUUGGAAAGCAAGCGGUUGACUUCGCCAGCGAAGCGGUGAUCAGCAAAAGCACUCGUGUGUAGCAUUCAUGACGUUUUCACAUUUCAGAUGCAUCUUACUGCGCGUUUCUGCUGCUGUUCACGAACCUGAAGCUUCGUCUGCCCCAAUGUCGCAAACACGUCCUCUGCAACAGGAGACAUUCCAUAGUAAUACUUGACCGCUAUACAAUAUCAUUUUUACGGAAAGACGGUUUCUGAGCGUUUCAUGCGAGGAAAGUGGGUUCAUACUUAGAGGAUGUGCGCAGCCUAUAACGAAAGGACAGAAGCAAAACAAGGAGACAUGCGCUACACUCAUGACUUGUUUAUUUACGAGGAAAGAGCAACAAAUAGGUAUAGAGCAGUCAUAUGCCUACGCAAAGGUAGUCACGAGGGUAUCACAUUUUGGCAUUCAAAACAUUUAUUUAAGCAUAGGAUAGCAAUAUGGAUGAACAGAUACACAUUGCUAUUGCGAUCAUUGCCUCGCAUGUUUUCUCUAUAUCCCUUAUUCUGAUCUCGCGCAAACCGUGACUCAAGCACGCGUGUCUUUUGUGUGCAUUAUCUCAUAAAUCAACAUUGGCUCGCAUUGAUUAGCGCACUCUGACCGGCUGUGACACCUGCAUCAAUAAAUCCUGAGAGCGCGAGAUCACAAUAUUCGGUUGCCAAAGGUACGACACCACGCGAACUGCUCGAAAUAUAUCGCAUAGGAGAACGAGAUGCUGCCUGCAUCAGUGAAAUGUUCAUAUCGCAAUAGUUUUCUGAAAUGAAUAUCUCGGGCGUCAAACUAUGAAACCGGCAAGGUUUGAUAAAAGUACAAUUAUGUUCGUGCACUCCUGUGCUGUACAGUCAACCACAAAAGUUCACUGACUACCCAAUUUCAGGAAACGUUUAAUUUCAGAGCAACCUGUAACAGUAGUCAGUAAAACCAAACAUCACAAUGUUCACAUAUACUAACAGGGGCUGUAAAUGCGAAUACAAGUCUGCGCUGUGAGACUGCGCAGUUACUUAACUUUUUCUUAGCUCUCGUGUUCCGCAAAAUUAUGUGGUUGACUGUACAUAUGCAUUACCUUGUUCUUCUGACAAACAAGCUAGCUAAUCGGGAAUAUAUCCUGCGUCCUAUUUCCCAUCUUGUGGUAAUAUAUUUUACGCUGCGUUUGUUAAUGAUCUCGUAGAGGGAGUUGUUUAGCAAGGCAUUCGCUCGAGCAUCAAGCUACUGCUUGUGCUUGGCAUUGUAGGAGAAAGAUAAGAGCUGGUCGUUCUUCUUGGCUUUAUCACUAAUAUGUAAUAUGCUAAUACUUAUUUUAAGGCUUACAUUUGUACCAUAUUUACGUCACCCCAAAAGCUCCCAUGGUUUACAAAGCAAUACAAUUUAGAAAACAGGCGCUAAUCACCACUAAUCAGCCACCACUACUCAAAACCUGCUAACGCACGUCGUAAAGCACCAAGCGUUCGAGUACUAUGCUUCCGAAAUUCAAACGAACAAACGGGAAUCAUUCUAAUUCAAUUUUUAUAAUUUGUGCGCAUGCAGCUAACGGUAUUACACAACAGUUACAUUUUCAGAAUAACCAGAACAGCCACGAAAGGAAAAGUGGUUGAUCAUAAUGUGUCGUUUACGGAGGCAUCAAACCAUCGCGAAGCGUCUAACCACCUCCUUACGCAUUGGGCCCAAUUGCGCACGCUAAGACAGCGCUUCAAAACGAAAAAACACCGAAAAAAAUUAUGCCAUUAUGGAUGUGUCACAAGCACUUUGAAACACUUCUGACAUGACCUGGGCUGCGUGGCUGAAUAAUUAGUGCAAGGUAAAAUCAAGUGCUAGGCGGGCGUCAGGUCUUGUGAUCAUAGUAACAGUAUCGCAUCAUAUAGUGGGUUCACUUCUUUCAGUGUUUUUACAGUGCUUCAGACUCAGCAUAUUGAUAUAGUUCUUGGAUGUUAUGGGAGCGUUCGGAGUAUUCUAGCCAUAAAACAAUUGUUUUUGUUUCACAUCUGACGUCCCUGGAGAUACAUUCUGUAAACUUGAUAAAACUCAUUCCGGAAUCUAAUGUUUCUAAUUGAUUCUACGUAACCACGGUUAGCAUGAUUUUGAAAGUAAACAAGAAUACAUUGUAAAUAAAUUUUGAGUGCAGAAAAUAUUUGGCGUCUGAAGGGGCUAGCUUAUCAGCGCCAGCUUUAAACGACUCCGAAUGUUGCAUGGUCUUCCCAGAGCUGCUCCCGCCAGCCACUCAGAAUUUCUAAGAAAUAAAAUUAGAUUUCAGUAACGUUACUUAACUCACCUGCUACAUCGAUCACCAGUUCCUGUGUCUGUAAGUUAUCCUCACCCAACCAGAGAUGUCUUGACAAAAGUUCAUGCAGCUACACAUUUGAACAGCAGGAUCGCUACUGCCUCGACUUGCAUGGUGACACUAUGUAUAAGUAGGGCUCAUCGUCUGUUAUCAAACUGCGUCCUGUAUUGCAGCUGGCUUAUGUGUUCUCGAACUGAUCUCUAUUUCAAAAGUUGCGUUAUGUGAUCACUCUAGCGUAUUUCGACAAAAGUUGCACACUACCUUGUCAUCUAGGGUUGCAGUAACACAAAACACAUUCCAUUCUCUCAAAUUUGACUAAAGUACCACAAUGUGUUUCAAGUUUCGUUUUGUUUGUUUCGCAAUAACAAAUGUAAUAUUUUAAAUGAUCUAAUGCAGAAUACUACCGGCAUCAGAAACUGGCGUCAUAAAUGUACUUACAAUUUUAGCGAUGCUGAAUUAAGACAUUUUUCAAUUUGACAAACACUCUAAAAGAUAAGCCAAAGGCGGGAUUACGCUACAAAUUCCCGUUAGAAGCUAAACGGAAACCAGAAAGGUGUCUCUGAAGGAAGCCUCACUUUAAAAAAAAAUUUGCACACAGAUAACUGCAUGCCUAACCAUACUAUCGUUAGCGACAUGAGGACGAAGAUGCCAAGGCAUGGAAAAUAAGCUCAAAACUGAUAUUAACCAAUAUUUGAGAGCAGGCUAUGUGGUAUUCCACGACUAAUAAACUAAUAUACUUGAAGUGAAACAGUAUACGGACUUGGUGUCAAUACCCACCCGGUGCUGUUGGAAACAAGUUCUGUUGCGCUUUACUGAUGGCGCACUCGCCGUGAUUCUGUCUCUGCGGAUUGGCAGUUGAAGGCACCUCACCGGUCGCUAACUAUGAUGAGCUAACUAUGAUGAGCUAUGAGCUAACAGAGCGCCUCAAUAUAACUAUCUCCGAUAUGAUGUCGAUGUACAGUAACGUAGAGCACAAGUUAUGAGACCAAAUUUUACCGUAUACCUGAAAUUUCGCAUGCAGUACGGCUGUUCAGGAAACCAACCGAUUCACAACAUUUGAGCUGGUCUAUGGGCGCAGCGUAACAACACCAUUAGACACCAUGCUCCCGCUCGACAACGAAAAAAGAAGCAACAAUGCUGACGACAUCGUCCAAAAGGCCGAAGAAGCUCGUCAACUUGAUCGUAAUGGCAUCCGCCUCCAGCAGAGUACUGACGCCCGCCAUUACAACAGUGGCUGAAGGAACAUCCAGUACGAACCCGGCGACUACGUUUGGGGCUGGACAUUCAUCCGUCGUCAGGGGCUGUGGGAAAAAUUACUGCGUGGAUACUUUCCCCCGUACGAGAUCAAGGGGAGACUCAGCGACGUGAACUACGAUGUAGUCACUCAGAGUACUACUACGAGCUCGAGCCGACAACGGCCACGAGCCAAGAUUGUCCGCGUAGUACGGGUCAAACCGUACUACGCCCUCGAAGACAUGUCCGUCUCAUAGACUUUCUCUCGUGCCCUCUGUCGCCCUCCGAUCAGUGACCGGGAAGGUCCCCUUUCACGUGGGGAGUAAUGACGCGAAGUACGCUGCCCACUAUGAGUCCCGAUCGCCAGAUGUCAGCUGCCCACUAUAGGCACCAAUCGCCAGAGAGAAGACGACGAAGGGCGCAGUUGUGCGCCGGGGUUUUUUGGGUGACGGCCAUUAUUAAAACAAGUCUGUUCUGCUUCGGCGAGCCCGUCUUAGUUACCUUCGUGACACUAUGCUUUCUCCAGCCUCCGGGACUAGAAGAAGAGUGUUUGCUGCAGACACUGCACAUGGUGUAGUUCACAGUAGACGCAGUUCUAUAAAUGUCUCUGUGUGUGAAGGGGGAUGGUUUAGUCCACAGUGAACGCACGCCUAUAAACAAGUGUCUGCGGCGGAAAGAACAGGGCAAUUUCUCACAACGGCGUAGGCCCACUAGUAAGGAUUGAUGGGAUUUACCAAAGCUGCCUAUUUCUAAUUGAUAAAUUACGAAAUGUCUUUCACUCCUUCAAUGAACUGCACUGGGAUGGGUAGAAUAUUUUCAAGCUGGACUUGUGUGUCAUUCAUACAGCCUUGUAUGUGGCACACCUUUUGAAUUAUGGAGAGUUAAUGAGACUUGAGUGGUGCGCAAAGGGUGCUGUCUUGAGAAUUUAGAACAUAUUUGGGACCGUAUGAAAAUUGAACUUGAAUUGAAUUGAAGCUGAUCUUGGAUUUGGCAUCAUCCGACCAACUGUUUCAAGCAACAUGAGUCCAAUGAAAAUGCCUUCACGGUGACAUCACCUUCAUCUAGUUCCUGCGUGUCACUGCAUGAAAUGAUAGAAAUCAUCAAUGCGGCGACAUUAUCAUUCCACCCGGUUUACAAAACAGAAAGCUUGAGCCGCUGGUAUACUGCUACUGUAUUAUUUUUCUCUGCUUUAUAUUUUGUUACUAGAUGACAAGCGCCAAAGAAAACAGUUUUUAACAAACCAUUACGUGCAGUUUUUUUUUUUUUGCUUUGCUGGUUGUUCGAAACAGCAAAAUUGAAAUUCAAGAAAUGGCGCUACUUUCUUGCCGUGCUCGAGCGCAUUACCAGAAAUCCCAAUAUCGAACAACGCUGUUUGAUAUUGAAGCUAACGCUAUCGAUAACGAUCGAUAAAGAUAACGAUAACGCUAUCGCUGUUCGAUGGCGAUGUGAAGUUCAGCGUUUCAUGCAAACAGACGGAUGGUAGGCGUGCUAAGGUUUAGUAGAACAGCGCCCUCUUUUCCAGUUUAUUUCUACUUUGUUUCCCCUAGUUGGGUUUGAGGCUAUCUGAAACGCCCGUCUGUGUUCCUGCCUUUUCGUAUUGCUCGAUAUAUUAUGAGAGUAGCAUUCCGGGCCAAGUUUUUAAUUCAUUACUCAAGCUUUAUUGCGCAACAAAAAAGACACGGACGUAAGCGAAGAAGACACACCAAGCGCAACGUGUCGUGCGCUUAAUGUGUCUUCUUCUCUUACCUCCGUGUCUGUUUGUUGCGCAAUAAUACUUGACUAACCGAUAUAUUAUAUUUGGCCACGAUUUUCCGCAGCUUCUUAGGGGCCCAAUUAUAUGGACUGAGGAGGGACGUACGUCAUCACAUGCUUCCUUGGUACCAAAAAAUAAUUUUUGAGCCAUGCUGAUCGACAAAUAAAUGAACCGAUCCGUGGAAUGCUUGCUCAAAUUUGCAGGUAUAUCCAUGAUUAUCUACUUAUCGCUGAAGCUUUAGCGGCCUAUAAAAUUAGUAACAUAUUAAAUAUAUUCAAUGACUAUGGCUAAAAUCAUCGUUUUACGUUUGAAAUACCGAAGGUUGACUAGCUCCACUUUCCUGACAUUAAAUUUAAAUGGACGCAUAAUCAUCUUUGUCGGGGUUAUAGACCCAAGUUACCAAACAUUUACUUAGCUUUAAUUCGGGCCACUCAAAUGCAGUAGAAACUAACAUUCUGUUGCCUAGCCUUUACUCACAACUUGAGAAAUCUUGUUCGCGUACUGGGCAAAAUAAGCUUUCAUGCACACGUUGGUAGGCCAGAAGCUUCAAGAUACCCCAUCAUGUAAAUCACUCAAAUCUCUGACAUGUUAGUAGGGCAGAUCAAGCAAAAUAAUGCGCAGGCGAAUGCAAGAAGUGACAGGGAUAAGCCAGAGGAAGUAGCUGUAUCACCUUGUGUUCAUUGCUGUAGCAUAGCCUGAAUAUAUAUUACCAAUCAUCACGGGGUCACUGUACCCCUCACAGCUCCUGUCAAGCGUGUGCGUGCUUGUGUAACACUCGACAAGAAGAAAAGGUUAAAUGAAAGGUGAAUUGAGUUUGAAAGGUUGAGUUUCUGCCUUGCCGCACAGGCACCGUACACGAAUUGCUACUAUCGUGCGGAGAAGUUUAUGUUGGCCAGAGCAAACCAUUUGUAUAUCACUAGCUUACAGAACACAGGAAUAACAUUUGGACUAACGUGUAGUGUUAUUCAACAGCACAUCCCACCACCAACAAGUAGUUUCUUCGUUCACUUCCGCUUCGCUAUAAUUUAUCACUUCUACAUUUUGAUUAAAUCUACAAAUAAUUGCCUUUGCUUUCUUUGGCUGCAUAAUCAGUUGACUUCAUGUGACCGUGAUUAACAGAUCAUUGUAACAUGGGAUGAAGUGAAACCCUUUUAUAAACUUUCGUUCUGAUCACAAACAAGCAGGAAGCAACGAGGCUUGGGAUAGAAGCCUAUCACAUUUCGCGCACUAAUGCGUGCAUCAGCCGGCCUUCCCUCACGCUCGUAGACAAAGAGAUGCAACAUCUGACUGGACAUUGACUGCAAUUCAGCGUUCAUGCAAGUUAUUUGCAUGUGGUAAUCGAUUACGCUGUUAGAUUAAGAGUGCGGUAAAUGUUGUUAUCUGCGACGUUAUUUCCACCUGUAUAUAUUUCACACGAUUUCCAUAACAAAAGUCAGUUGAAAGUGAGCGCUAGUCCUGUCUUAUAUAAUGUCUUUAUUCCUUCCUGUGCUUGUUAAUUUCAUUACCAACGGAAGCCAAUUCUCACCCAAUUUCACUUAAAAUUCUCACCCAACUUCGCUUAACAAGCAUUCUCUUUAACUCUAAAGAACGCGGGUGUAUAGCGAUUCGUUGAGCUUCUAGAACCCAGCCUCGGUUUCACAAAAUAAUUUCACAGGCGCACAGCGGGCAGCUCAACCCGGGAUUUACGUAAACUGUGUCCAUGAACAUGAACUUGUUUAGUCGACGGGCUCAGAGUAGAGGGCCCUCGCUAUGUGUGCACAGCUGCGUUACCCAGCAAACGUGUCAAAGAGCCUUUAGAAAGCGCGUGCGUCCUUCUCCGUGACAAAAGAAACAAUGGCAAAAAUUUCGUUGAGUCGCGUGUCAGCAGACGCCCAACAGGAAAGAGGAAGCGGAGAAACCUGUGUGCGGCAGAGAGCAACCGCGUGACGGAAAGCUUCAAAUGAUGGCGCUACUCUCACAAACACUAGGGUUAAAAGGUCGGAGGAGCACCAACGCCAUCUGUUGUAAGCUACGCACAACUUCGCCUCCACCGCUUUGCGCGUUUGAUAAAACGGGGUGCGUGUGUCGAGAAGCGGGCAAGACAAUUGCAGCUGAGUCCUCGCAUUAGCGGUUACUUGCCUUAAGACGUAUGCGAGCCUAAAUAUUAUGCUUUAAAUUUAUUUGUUUAAUCAACAGCUGCCAACCCACCGCUUCUGGUAAUAAAUAUCAAUUCAUCCAGCGCAACAUUAUCUUUUUACACGGCAAAGCCGCAACACUACUCCACACUACAGAAAAUUAAAAGAACUUGUUCGCUUUCAUUUCUGAACGUCGAGUCAAGAGCACAUUCGUGCCAAUAAGUAAAUAAAUUUUACUUUAGUUAAAAGGUAA